AUGCUCGAACUUCUUGAUGAAGCCGAAAUCCAGCACCUGGCCAUGAGUUCCUGGGGGUUGGCCCGUCUGCAUGGCACCAAACAGGCCACGGGGCCUGCGCGUGACUUCUUCUGUCGACUGGCAGACCACCUUCGCCGGCGCACUCGAACAUCUGAUCGAACAUGGAAGUCCCGAUGGGAUGGCAUCUUCUUGUCGCACGUGUCCAUCAUGUGCUGGUCCUAUGCCAGGGUCCUGUCUGCCGACAAGGUUACUCGCAGACUGCUGAAGAGUGCAAGCAAGCAGUUGGAGACGUUUACCGAGGAAGGUGCGAUCAAAGCGCAGGAGCAUGCCAACCUGCUGUGGGCCUAUGCACAGGCCGCCGACGAAGCAUGGGCCGGCAUGCAGAAGCCUCGUGUCAUGCUCGAUGGGUUGGUGCAGCUCCUUUGCGACCCGAAGUUGAAGCUUUUGGGGGAAAGUUCUGUGUCCUUCGCCUCAUCUGCAUCAGCGCUCGCGCGGAUUCGGCCCAUGAUCAGCCCCGUGCAGCAGCGAGCCCUUGGGCUGUGGAUGGAACGAAGCUCCGGCCGCCUCAGCCGCCGCAAAGACUUCGAGCUGGAUGGAGCCGAGGUCAUCGGCUUGCUCCGUGCACUGGUGGCCUGCAGCAGGCUACAGUCUCGGAUGCUGAGCUGCUGCCUCAAAGUGUUGCAGAAGGACUCUGAGAGCCUUGCUCCCUCGCAGAUGCUGGUGGUGCUCCUAGCGCUCCGCACGAUUCGGCCCAGGCGACUGAACGACGAGCAGCUGUGGUUCCUCCGGCUGGUGCAAUCUCGAUUCGAGGAAUUUCGGUUGCCGCAGCUAGCUUUGGCUCUCUGGCGGUUGCAUGGCAUCCAGGAGGAGCUUGCAGAUGGCGCGGAGAUGCGGCAGAUGAUCGAGUCCGGCACGGCUCGAUUUCGAUCCGUUCGGCUUCGAUGGCCGCAGCCGCCCUGGCGCCGCCACGCCGAGCCCGAGGCCGACGAGACUCCAUCAGCCGAUCAGACAGAGGAAGUACACCUCAGCAUGGAGGACUGGCGAUGGCUGGCGAACUCUGCAUUGCCCUGCCCGCUUCUGCACGAUGAAGCAAUGGGUCCCCAGCCGUGGACUGCUAAGUUGCUGCGACCUUUUGCUUCCUGGGUGGCGGCAGUCGUAGAUGAGAUCAAAGCCGAGGCCGAUCUUCUCGUAGGGGUCACUUCGUCCUUCGAGACAUCCUCCGAGGACGCCGUUACCCCUGAGUCGUUUGCGCAUCGAUGCCUGGUGGAAGAGACCGUUCGACAGCGCUACCGUGCAGUCGUUCAGAGGGAUGGCCUUGCAUGGACAGGGCCUGUCUGGGGUGCUUCGGCCGCCCAACGCCUCGGCCUGCACCACUGCCCGGCAGCUGCUAUACCGGCAGAGCUGAAGGCCUUCCUUCAGGAGGAGCCGAGAGUGGGGGCCUGGUUGCAGGCGAAGCUAAGGUUCGCCUCGAGCCAAGAGUCGGGCGUGGAGGUUCUCCAGCAUACCGCCGAAGACGGCGAUCCGGCGGAUCACCGGUCCGCUCUGCUGGAGGCGGCUGAGAUUGACGAGGGAAGCUCCGAGGAGGAGCAAAGCCAGGAAGACGUAGGCGAAGGCAGUGCAGCAGCUGACUCCCCUGGUCCGCUCCUGGCAGCACGUGACAAGAUGACCCUUCACGCAGACUUCCAGGUGUUGAACAGGCUGGCCAAAGAGCUUGCAGCGAGAGCUGAAAGCCCUGACGACGUCUCGGGCAAGGUCUUCCUCUACGUCAAACAGGCUCCACGGUUAUCCGGUCUUGGGGCAAUGCGACAGCUUCGCAGCCUAUGGCCAGGGCUAUCCUUAGAGGUCAGCUUCGGGCGUGCGCCGGGGCUCAAGGGGUGGAUCCCCGGGGCAUCCCCGAAUGCGGAAGAGGAAGGUCGAGGCAACGCGACCUCGGAGGACUCCGCUUCUCAGCCGAGCAUCGAGCUCAAGGAGGCCAUCAUCCGAUUCCUCGAAUCCUCACCUGCCGGGCAGACAUCGGCGACAGCAGCACCUGUUGCUCUUGUCGGGACGGAUCCUCGGGUACGGGAGUUGUGGAAGCAGGUCUGCUCAACUGGAGUGCGCCCGUCGGGUAAGGGAACGCCCCGAAAGAAGCGCGAGUGGCAGGACAAGCUCAAGUACUUCAUCGCGCACCGCUAUGAGAGCUUUUGCCUGGAAGAAGGAGCCGGCUCCCAAACCUGGGUGAGGCUGCGCCGACCGGAGGACCCGGCGGCGCGCGAUGAAGAUUUCGGCAAGCUGCAGCUCGCGAUAAAGCGGACGAUGCUGGAGCUCCUCCAGAGUGGAAAAGUGAGUCGGGACGAUCGAGGUGGCGAGGGCUAUGUGCUGGUGGAGGAUGUGGCUUGCACACCUCGUGUCUAUCAGCUCUGGCACCUUUGCCGCAGCGACUCCUCUGACCGGCUGGCGUUCUAUCUGCGACACACUGAGGCUUUUGAGGUCUGGACCCCUGGCUGGUCUGCCAUGGAGUCGGAGAUGCAGGAGGCAGCGAACUUGCGAAGCGCCGUUCGGAUACGUCUGCAGACAUCGGCGGAAAGAGUACACAUCUUCCUGGAAGGCUCAGAGGGCCCCGAGCCAAAAGUAAUCGGAAAUGAAGCAGCAGAUGAAUGGCAGCUAGGCGUUGACGACGAUGUGGACAAGUUCAUGUUGCAACAGAUCCGGGAGUUGCUUGAUGAAGCUGAAUGGGAGGAUGCCUAUGAGAAGUGCUCUACCGGCCUCCUCUUCUUCGGAGAGCUGCAACCCGGUCUACUUGGGGCGCCGGCACCAGCGAAAGCCUCUAGGCACGGAAAGGCGCUGCGGCUACUCCGUGCGAGAGCAAUGGUCGGUGCAGGCUUCGCAGGCGCUGCGGCCGAAGAGGUGGCUGCUUUGCAGGACGAAGCAGGAGCUGCCGAAAUCUUGGGCCGUGCAGCUCAGACCCAGCGGAGGUUCCCAGAGGCGGAAACACAGCUGCGCCGUGCGGCUAGCGAGGCGUCGGAUGUCGCUGCUGAGGAGCUCGCAGCGGCGAGUGCCUACUGCGCCUCAGGGGCGCGGCAGCAACUGGGUGAGGUGGAUGUUCUGCAACUUUUGCACACGCCCGAGGCGUUGAAGUGCAGGCCCCUCUCCUUGAGCUGCGGGCCGCUGGACUUCGUCUGUCCCUCUGUGGCACGGCGCUGGCUCGGGGCCGCGAGGGGCCGGGGCGUGGUGGCACAGGAGGCGAUGGAAGAAGGUACGCUGUUCAUCUCUGCGCGCCCGCUUGCCCGCGUUGCCUCUGCCGGUGGAGCGGCGCUGUCGGAGAAGAGGGCACGGCGGCUGCUGGCAGAGAAACUAGAGGCGGCCGCACGGACAAGUGCCUUUCUUGCAGAGGAUCUGUUUUCCCUCUACGAUGGCUCUGGCCUGUAUGAAGCAGACUGGUCGCCUGGCCCUCUGAAGCCCGAAGACAUGCACUUGCCAACUCUGGGAUUUCGAACACGGGCACGCAUCGACAGCAUUGUUCGAUACAAUGCACACUGUUUUCCGGACAACCCGGAUCCCCGCAGCGGUUCUCCACGUGCCGGUCUGGGCCUUUGGCUAUGGCCGCCAAUGGUCAAUCACGCGCUGGUGGAGGAUGGCGAACCGAACUGUGCCCACGUCUUUGUGGGGGAUGUCAUGCUCUUCCGCACCACGCGGCCGGUGGCAAAAGGAGAAGAGCUCCUGGACAGAUACACAUCGCCGCUGGCCACCACGUUUCAGCAGACCGAAGGAAUACUCGAGGACCACGGCAUGUCUGACCUCGCCUACACCAGCGGCAAAGUUGCCUGGACAGCGCGUGAUCUGCCACCGCCCUUGGUCGAGCUAGCAGAUUCGCUAGCCAACCUCGAAGCAAAGCUUGAGCUUUCGCCAGAGGACCCACUCGAUGACGCAUCGCUCGAGACUGCUUCAAAAGAAGACUACCGGCGGCUGGAGGAGGCUUAUUGGACCGCCGCAUCAGAGCGCCGACGGCAGACCGCUCAGUUGACUGCAGAGCUUCCCUUGGAGCCGCCGGAAGUUCGAGCACUUCUUUUGAUUGGUGCUUUGGCCAUGCGCUUCGGCGGGAUCACCGCGGAGCGACAGGCUCGGGCGGAGCUCGCGCGACGUGUGCAAAGCGCCCGGCCCUUCCAUUUCAGCGCCUGGACCGAAUUGUGGGCGAGCUUUCAGAAAGAUCCGGCCAAGCCUUCCGAGAGAGCCUUGCUUGAUGAAGUUCGCGACCAAUGCCGCCGACUGGCCACCUUCUGGUGCCGCGGACCAGCAGGGCGAGGUGCGCAGCGAGAGGAGGCUGAAGACGUGGCUUUGGCCUUCACGCGAUGGGUGCAAGGAUCCGGUGCCUUUCGCUUUGGUCCUUUUAGGGUUUAG